GGAGCGGCCUCGGCCACAGGUGGCUUGUGAUCGCCGUGGGUGACUGCUCUGCCCAGCCGCGCGUGCGUCCGACCAUGACUUCGACUGACCCCGCGGAGGAUCUGGUGCCCUGCAUGCGCAGCGUUCAGCUGUCGGACGACGACAAACAGCUGAUGAGCGCGUUCAAGGACAAAGUGGACGACAGCGGCCAGUACGCGGGCCAGCAGCGGCCCCUCUACCGCGGCGGCCACAUCCCCUCCAGGCUGUUCCGGGAGCUCGACAACACUGUUUCAGGCGGCGCGCCUCCAUCAGGCGCGAGGAUAGGCGGACCGGGCCAGGCGCGCACCGUCGUGGUCAACAUGCAGUCCGGCGGCGCUACGGGGCCGACUGUGCACCCCUCUCAGCAGGAGGUGCCUGAGCCGAAGAAGUACACGGGCGGCAGCAUCCCGUCGCGUAGUUUCCGCGUGCUUCAACAGAUGACCGCUGACGAUCAAGGGCCAGCACCGGCUCACCAGCCGAAGGAGCAGCCUCGUCGCUCGCCCAGCCACUACGCGCACAACGGCGGCGCGGCCCCGGCGGCGGCGCCGCGGCCGCCGGCGCCGCCGCCGGCCAGCUGCGUGCCGACGUGCGAACGCAUCGAGCGGCAGCAGCGCGCCGAAGCGGCGGCGGCGCCCGGGCGCUACGCCGGCGGCAAGAUCCCCUCCAGGGCGUUCCAGAUGCUGAGCAGCGACUACCCGGCGGAGGGCGCUGACAGGCCGGACGGCGCCGAGGCCGUGCUGGGAGAGCUGCGUGCGGUGGGCGCCGGGCAGGUGGCGCGGCCGGCGCGGCCCGGUGCCGUGCCCAGCCGUUCCUUCCGGCUCCUGCAGCAGGAGUACGGCGGCCAGGAGCAGGAGGCUCGCCGGGAGCCGGAGCCGGAGCUGGAGCUGGCCAAGCCGUCCGAGCGACAGAGGCUGGCCGCCACAUCCAAGACGUACCGCAUGCUGCAGGCCGACCCGGCAUCGGUGCCAUCUGUUUUCGGGAGGAACAGGCGCUAGUGUGGGCGUUGGCCGCCAGAUGGCUGUCAUGGCCUCCCCGCCGCGUUUGUUGCUGCGCUGCUGCGGCUACCAGCGACAUGGUCGUUCGCUGCUACAUACUUUUGAGCGCCAUGUACGUAGGUUUUAAUCGCAAACCGCCACGCCAACCCAAGUCUCGGUUACGACAGUGUUGACAUACGUGUGUGGGGGAGGGGGGGGGGGGGUGAUGAGUUCCGGGAAAGGCUGCCUCAUCUUGCUCAGAUGCGCGCCGUUCUGUGGAACCCUCCGUUCUGCUCGCAAUGUGGGUUAAUGCUACGUGCGCACGCCUGUUAAUGCUCAUCGUUUGGAGUCCGUAUGAAGGUGGAAUUACUAAGUUGAUGGCCAGGUGGCGUCCAUUUCAUUUUUAUUUAUUUACCACUGGUACGUCUUUGCGUAUUUUUGUACAUAAAUGACUGCAUCCA